ACGAACUGGAAAUGGUGAGUGAAUAUGAACUUUAGGCUCCACAAAACCAGGGCGCCUGCAAGAGACGCAGCUCAAAACGAAUCCCCAAAGCUCCUUCCUUCUUCCUCAUCAUAAACACAACAGAUCAGGAGGAACAGUUUCGUUUCUGGCCUUGAAUCCUACGUCCAACUGCGCAACGUCUGCUGGCCGUGUGCAACGCGGCAUCGAUGACCCACCAACAACUUGAACUUCCACUCCAGAAAGGGUAGCAAAAGCCCUGUCAGGUGAAACAAACCAAAAACCCGAUGUCCGCGACCACGGCCGAGGCCGUGCGCCGGCUCUGCGCCGCCGGCGAGCUGCGGUCGGCGCUGGCGCAGCUCGCCCGCGGCGCCAAGGCGGGCGACGGGGCGCUGGACGUGGCCGCGUGCACGGCGCUCGUCCACGCCUGCUGCAGGACCGGCGACCUGGCGGAGGCGCGGAGGGUGUUCGGCGCAAUGCCGCGCCUGGGGCUGGCCCCGAACGAGGUCACCUUCACCGCCCUGAUCCACGGCCACUUCGUCCGCGGGCGCAGGGAGGAGGGCUUCGCCUUCUUCGAGGAGAUGAGGAGGGGCGGGGUCGAGCCGAACAUCUACACCUACAACGUCCUGAUCGGGGAGUGGUGCAGGACGGGGGAGUUCGAGGGCGCCCGCCGCCUGUUCGACGAAAUGCCCGCCAAGGGCGUCGCGCGGAACGCCGUCAGCUACAACACCCUGAUCGCGGGGUUGUGCAGGCACGGCAAGAUGAAGGACGCCGCCCGGCUGCUGGAGACGAUGCGGAAGGAGGGCAUCCGCCCGAGCAUCGUGACAUUCAACCUCCUUGUCGAUGGUUACGGCAAGGCUGGGCAGAUGUCCAAUGCCUUGCAUUUCUCCAACCAAAUAAGGGCGGCGGGGCACCAGCCCAACGCUCUGACGUACAAUGCGCUCAUUGCGGGGUUCUGCCGUGCUAGAGAUAUUGCCCGUGCAAACAGGGCGUUCUCUGACAUGAAGGAGCGAGGACUGGCACCCACAAAUGGGACCUACACUAUACUGAUUGAUGCAUUGGCCCGGGGCGGUGACAUGGACAAAGCUUUUGAGAUGUUUGCGGACAUGGGGAAGGCUGGUUUGGAGGUGGAUGUGCGCACUUACGGUGUUUUGGUGCAUGCUCUCUGCAUGGAAGGGAAAAUGAAGGAUGCCAGGAAGCUGUUCCAGUCGAUGGAGGAGAAAGGUGUUAAGGCGAACAGUGUGAUCUAUGACAUUAUGAUUUUUGGCUAUGGACGAGAAGGGAACUCCUACAAGGCUAUGAAAUUAAUCACGGAGAUGAGGAAGAAUGGCUUGGUUCCAAAUUUCGCUAGCUAUGGCCUGACGAUCCGUAGUCUUUGUAAUGAUGGUAAAUGCCCGGAAGCUGAAGCUCUUAUCAAGGACAUGGUGCGGGCUGGUCUACAACCAAACGAAUCGGUCUCCCAAGCACUACUGAAUGCCAAGGCAAGACAGGGAAGCUCGACCAGUAACUUUUUUACCUAGGCAGUCAAGCAUGUGUUUUUUGUUUCUGUGCAAAUUCAGAUGUUGUAUGUUUGUCUUGAGAAAGUGGGAAGAGGAAGCACACCCUCUGGUGGAAAUCUGAUGAAAUUUCUUUAGUAAACUGAAACACCGCUCAGUGAUUUACUGGACAUUGCCAAAACUUAACCAAGGGCGGUACGAUAGUGAUAAGCAAAUUCAAAGCAACAAAAGGUAGAUGUAUGUGCAGAGCACUCUCAGCGAGAUAAAGCUGAGGCAUUGAUCCUCUGGAGAGAACUGGUACCUGGCGCCUCACAUCCUUGAUCUUGAUGUAGUCAAAUGUUAGUGCAGGUAUGUACAUUGUGGGAUGCCUGGUUUCCCUGGUAUAUUUUUGUUGCUUUUAACAUGCUAGAGUUUGGAGCCAAUGCUUGGAAAAACGAGGGUUGCUUACUUGUCAGCUUCGAACAAUCUAAGAAUGGGGGUAAAGAAAAAUACCAACCCAUCUAAUAA